UCAUAGGCAGCCAUUACACAGAAGGCAUUGACAUGUCAGCGAUAAUAUAAACUAGUAGACUUCGAAAUACAAUGGAAUUAACUUUAUCACGUUUGGGAGGUUAGGGCGAUGACAGUCUUAAAGAAGAAACACAUAUUGGAGUCACAAAAUAAGAGUAGCAACUGAUACAACAGCAGAAUGAGCCUACCGCGUCCAACAGGGUUGAAGGCCCCGACCAAGAUUACGCGGCCAGGGUCUGGGACACAGCGCCACUCCGGGAUUCCCGCUCCUGGGUCAGGUUCCGGAAGUAGGCCCCAAAGUGCUCUAGCUAAGAGAACAGCUGGACUGUCAGCCAGUCAGGCGGAGAGAUACUCGACAAACCAUCCUCCUCAUCUCCGAGGUCCAGAAAACACACCUCCAUCAGGUAAUGGCACAGAUGAUCUCAAGAUCGGUGAUCGUGUCUGGGUCGGAGGAACGAAGCCAGGUGUGAUUGCAUUCAUUGGUGAAGCACAGUUUGCUCCUGGAGAAUGGGCUGGGGUUGCCCUCGAUGAACCAAUAGGUAAAAAUGAUGGCAGUGUAGCCGGGGUAAGAUACUUUCAGUGUGAGCCAAUGAAAGGCGUGUUUUCUCGUCUAUCCAAACUGUCCCGGACACAAGGUCCGAUUUCCGCCCCAACACCUAAACCUGCCGAAGCUGGGAGCGACAUAUCCACCAGCCAGGGCAGUGCUCAAAAUGGGACAUCAAAUCACACACCUGCACGAUCACAAACUCCACGGAUUGGACUCUCUGGAUCCAAGUCCAAAUCGGGCUCAAAUGUGAGCUUAAACAAAGACUCACCACCUACCUCCACCACCAAUCUGCAUCGAGGAGGCCUUGCCAUGACCAAGCAUGGGGUUAAGGUUGGAGAUCGUGUUGUCGUGAGCGGAUCAAAAUGUGGAAUCUUGAGAUAAGUGGGACAGACCGAUUUUGCCAAAGGAGAAUGGGCAGGGGUGGAGCUUGAUGAUCCACAGGGGAAGAAUGAUGGUGCUGUUGCUGGUAAAAGGUACUUUGACUGUCGCCUCAACUUCGGGUUGUUUGCCCCCAUACACAAGGUUUCCCGCUAUGCAGGAGGGGCAACUCCUAGCCCUCAGUCACGCAGUCUUGCAAACACCAGCUUGCGUAGUGCACGUGAGCGAUCAGGAAGCCAGGAGUCAAUUAGUUCGGUCAGCUCAACCGCGUCUAGUGUAUCCCGGAGCCGGGUAAGGUUGGGCAUAACCUCCCUGGCCAAUCAGAUGAACCAAUCACAUUUUGAGGCUUCCAAAAGCGGCCAAAGACCAAGCUCACUUAACUUGUCUGCUACCACAUCUGCCCUCCAGAAAGCCUUGAAAGAAAAGGAAGAGCAUAUAGAACAACUGUUGAGAGAGCUCGACCUUGAAAGAGCUGAAGUGGCAAGAGCAGCCGCACAGGUGGAUGAGGCUGAGGGUGAACUGACCAACGUGAAGCAGGACAAGGAACGGAUCCUGGCUGACAGUGAGACACAGAUCUUGCAGCUGAGGGCCAUUGUCCUGGAGUAUGAGAAGGAGAAGAAAGAAAUGACAGUCAAACUGGAGGAAGAGAGGAGGAAAGUUGAAGAUCUGCAGUUCCAGAUCGAGGAGGAAGUCAUCAGCAAGGAUGAUCUGGAGAGUCGAACUGAAGAAGAUGAGGCCAAGUUGCGGGAGCUGGAACGUGGCCAUAAACGCGAGAAGGAGCGAGCUGACAAGUUAGAGCAAGAGCUGGCAGCUCUCAGGGAUAUGGUCACCCAGCAGCAGACAAAAUUGAAGACUGCUGAUGAAACCCAGACAACCUACCUGGAUCAGAUGGAGGAACUCACCUAUAAACUCACCCAGGCGGAGAACAAGAUCAAGGCGUUUGAGGCGUCAAGACUCGAGGAAGGUGCUAAGACGAGCCAGGUGGGCAUGGAUCUUGCAGAGAAGACGAACCGGGUGUUGGAGUUGGAGGAGGCAAUGUCGUCACAGAGGAAGGAGAUCAAACAGCUCCAGGACAAGCUGGUGGAAGUGCACGAUGAACUGACAGAUGCAAACAACAAAAAGCAAAAAAUGCAGGAUAACAUCACAGACCUGACUAACAAACUUGAAGUGAGUGAAAAAUCCCAGUCUAAGCUCUCGGAGGAGGUCCGCUCCCUGAAGUCGCGGGGAUCAGACCUUCAGCGACAGCUAGCAACAAGCAAGGACAAGAUGGACGAGCUCACUGAUGAUCGUAACAGAAUUGAAGCGCAGUUGGCCGACCUGAUGAAAAACUCGGGUGAUAACUCUAAGCAACUCUCACUGAUGAAUGAUCAAGUAGCGGAGAAGACUAGAAAAAUCGAGGAUCUACAAAACGACUUGUCCAGUUCUACACAAAAGCUUGCAAUCCUUAAUGAAACUAUAGAACAAUUAAAGGCAGACCAAGAGAAGGAGAAGGAGGGUAUUGUAAAUAAAAGUAGAGAAGAAGUGAAGGUGCUACAGGGAACAUUGGAGGAUGUGCAAACUGAACUAGAUAGGACUAAGGCUAAGUUAGGAAAAUUAACUGAAGAUUUUGAAAAAGAUACAGUAGAAUUAGAAGGGACAAAGGACUUGGAAAUUACUGACCUUAAGAAUCAAUUAAGUGCCAAUGCAAAAGAACUGGAGAAACAAGAACUACAGACACAGGCCCACAAACAGGUCCUUGAUCAGAUCACCUUGGAGAGAGAGGCCAUGAAAUUUGAGAAGGAGAAGGCUGAAAAAAAUCUAAAACGUCUUGAGAGUGAAAAAGAUGCUAUCAACACCGAGUUAAUUCAGUGCAGAGUUGAACUGUCUAAGGUACAGGCAGAGCGUCAGCAAAGCUCAUCAGACAAACAGGGCAUGGAUGAACAGAUUCAGGUGGCCAAGGAAGAGCUGGAUAGGGCACUGAAGGCCAAGCAGGAGUUACAAAAGCAGUGUGAAGAUGUGCAAGCGGAAAAAGAGAAGGUUACCUCUGAGCGUAACCAACUUCAACAGGAUGCCAUGACAACCAAAGCAGAUAUACAGAAAAAGGACAUGCAGAUAGACGAGUAUAAGAAGGAGGUGGAGAAAUUAAAAGCUGAAACAGCCACACAGCAAGAAGUAUUAAUGCAGAAAUCACAAACUGAGUCGGACAGCAACAUUCUCAGUAAAAACUUGGAGGACACAAAGCGUCAUCUGACAGAAGUCCAGGCCAACCUAAAGCAGGCAGAGGCUGACAAGCUGAAGAUGACGGCCGAGCUGGAGCAGUCGCAGCUAGUCAAGGAGGAGAGGAAAAAGCUUGAAGAACAAACCAAGAAGCUUCAGUCGGAGUUGGAAGAAGGCCAAAAAAGGUUUAGUGAAGAUAUAGCCUCCUUGGAGUGUGCCAAAGUAGAGCUCCAGGCCAAGGUAGACAACUCUGCCAAGGAUCUCACCCAGAACCAGUCCCAGCUUGAUUCCUACAAGAAAAAGGUUGGUGACCUGGAGACUGAGAAUCAGUCUUUGUCAGUCUACAAGGCAUCUCUGCAAAGUCUGGAGAAAGAGAGGGAGGCUGAAAGGAACCAACUUCUUGACAAAAUCCACUCCCUCGAGUCUACGGUCAAGGAGAGUCAGAACAAUGCCAACAACACCAACAUUGGUGACACUGCUGGUGAUCCUUUGGUGGCUAAACUUCAGUCGGACAAGGAGGCAUCUGACAAACAGAUCGAAUUCUUGAACUCCGUGAUCGUGGACAUGCAGAGGAAGAACGAAGAAAUGAAAGUGCGUCUCCAGGCCAUGGAGGCCGGAGUCUAUGAUAAUGGGGACGCUGUGGAGGGCAUGGACAUCUCACCAUCUCGUCCACGAUCAGCCCCUCGUCUGUUUUGUGAUAUCUGCGAUAUGUUUGACCUCCACGACACUGAUGACUGCCCCAAACAGGCCAUGUCAGAUAGUCCCCCACCCACGCAAUACCAUGGCGAUAGGAAGUCAACACUCCCCUACUGUGAUAUCUGUGAAGAUGACGUUCGUCAGGUGGAGGGAAUGUCAUCACCCGAGACCUUUGAAAGUCCCCGUAUGUCGCUACUUCCGGGCGUGAUAGAAGAGGAUGUUGGGACUCUGCGGAAAUGGAAAGAGGGAUCGAAAUCCACUACAGUGAGCAGGGUGUCUACUAGGAUGCACAGCUCAGGACACAGAAGUGAUGGGACAAGGCAAACCGCCAUGGUUAAGUCAAGGAAGAAGGAAACGCGGCGCUACAAAGAACCAUCUGAUAUAGACUCUGUUGAAUGCAAUGCUAAAAUAUCUGAAAUCGCAAAGAUGAGGUCAAAACUUGCAGAUGAAGUCGGGUGUGAUGAAGACGAGCUGGGAGACUGGCUGGAACUGAGCAAGCAUGCCAGGAAGCUUCAGCAGGCGAUACAUACUGCUGAUGUGGAGAUUCAGAAGCAAUCUGGACUUAUUGAUGAAAAGGGGAUUGAAACUGAGCAGGAAAAGAAUAAUGAAGGUGAAUUUAAAUCUCAGCCUAAGUCAUGGUCGAGUGAGCCACACGUUAGCGAACAGAUCAGUGAGAAAGCAUCAGUGGUAGAUGUAAAUCAACAAAAUAUGUCUGACACACAAGACACGGGACUUGGAGUUGAUGCCAAUCUGGGGAUGGACGGACCUUCUAUGGCAAAGGCCAGACAUCUACAACAACUUAAAUCUAGAGCAGAUAAACUUCCGGAAUUGUCUGAAUAUGAUAAUGAAGAGUGCGAUGCAGAAGUUGCGAGUAUGGAUCUUGAGAAGUGCGAGGAGUUUGAGAACAGGCUGGUUGGGUUGACGGACGAAGAAGAGGAACUGAGGAUGUUUGAAGAACUAGAGGCAAGGCUUGAGCAGGAUGAAAAGCAGGACGACAAACCGGAGAAAGGUGAGUCAGACGUUCCUGACAGCCAUGACAACAAUCUGACACGGAAUAAGGGUGGAUCAGACGCCAGACAAAAGCAGAGUUUCAAUAUAAAAAAUGCAUCCGAUGUCAGUGGUGAAGUUGAAGAUUUUGUUACUUCACAAAAUGCAGAUAAAGCAAAGGCUGGGACAAACACUGAAACAGCAACCAUUGUUGAGGAGGUAUCUGAAACUGUAGAUGAUUCUGAAGGUUCACCAGAACAUUCACAUAUGGAGAAUAACCCUGCAUGUCAGUCCUCAGAAGGUUUACAGAUUGGCGACAUUUCAGAGAGCAGUGUGACCGAUACUGAAGAUAGGAGUCUCCUUCAUACUAAAAUGCACAGUGCAAAUGCAUCUGCAAUAGUUAAGGAUGACAACUUGUUGCAGAAUGUUGUUGAGGAUGAACAAAACAAAACUGAAGUCGGUGAUGCAAAUGAUGCGAACCUAGCAACAGGAGUUGGCAGUGAAGCAGAAUCUCCUGAUGAGGUAUCCGUGGAUAGUAGUACGAAAGAAGUCAAAGAUGCAUUCAAAGAUAUAACUGGUGAGGAAGGUGGUGAGGAUGUACAGGAAAGUUUGUCACGGAUGGACAAUUCCGUUUGUCAGUCUCCAGAGGACGUACCGUCUGUCGAGACUGAGAGACCGCUGUCAUGUGAUGAACACAUAGGAACCACAUCCUCUUCCUUACGUCCAUCACCGUCCAGUGCAGUCGACGCAGAACAAAACGAUCUUCCUCCAGAUCACAAUAGUCAGAGCGCAUCUGACAAGUCAAGCUCUGAGAGACAUAAGCACGAGAGCUCCACGGUGCUUGGUGAAGGCGCGAUGAAUGCAACGGCUGCUCCCAUUUGUACACUGGGUGACCACGGUCCCAGUACUGUAGAACAUGUAACUGCACAUCCUUGUGGUAAUGAUGGCACUAAUGUUGAUAAUCCUAGUGCGGGAUGGUUGCAGUAUGAUCAGCAGUCAUUAGAUGAGGAAUAUGAAGAUGCUGAAAUCGACCGACCUGUCUUAACAAAGCAAUCACAUUUCAUGCUAGAUUUAAUACCUUCUUCUGAAGCCGGUACGGAUGUUGACGCGCCAGCAAUGGUUGGUAUUGAACACACAGAUGAACCGUCGACAACAGAUGAAUUUGAGACACCCCCUAGCGGAAUGUCACCUUGCGUGACGCCCCCGAGAGCUUUCUCACCUUGUGCAGCUCCGCCUCGCCGCAUGUCCACACCGGAAGCUGAUGAUGUAGUGAAAAGGAGAUCACCAAAAGGAAGAGUCUCACCAUCUAAGCGUUUUAGUGAAGGUGCAAACAAACAAAAUAAGCCAGCAAAUGUAAGUCAAAAGACAGAUUCGUGUGUUGUGUCCUAGUGUUUUUAAAUACAAAGGGCAAACCUAUCUUAUCUGGUCAUUGGUCAUCGUCCACAAGAGGUGCAAAUAGUCAGCUUAAUGUGGAGGACUACCUCAUGUAUUCAUGCCAACGAGUUAUAGUUGCACUGUAGUUUGUGGGAGUCCUGGGUGCGUCAUUUAGAGAUGUGUUCUAAGAUGGGAAUUAAUCGGCAGUGACACACACAGACGCACACGCACGCACUCUCGCACGCACUCAAAUAGAACAAGAGUAAAAUAGCACACUCAGAAACAUUAACUGACUGACUGACUGAGUUUGGUUUUACGCCGUUUUUAGCAAUAUUCCAGCAACAUCACAGCGGGGACACCAGAAAUGGGCUUCACACAUUGUACCCAUGUGGGGAUUCGAACCCGGGUCUAUGGCGUGACGAGCCAACCCUUUAACCACUAGGCUACCACACCGCCCCAGAAACAUUAACAACCAACAAACACGAAAGCACAAAUCCGUUGUAGAAGUGCAUAAACUUGAAGGUGACAUCCAAGCUCAUCUCACCUUCACAUACACACGAUCUGUUCGUGCUGGUGAUCGUUUGAUACCGUGUUUAUACAACUGUUGUUUUUGCUUUAACAUUUGGUAUAAUUGUCGCUCAAAUUACGCUAUAUCACUGUUAAUGUACAAAAGAAUUCUAAUUCUGUUUGACCUCUCGCACAUUCGACUGUCUUGUUUUCUCUUGGGCAGUAGUCCUCCAUUCACAACAAAGUUUCUUCCCGGAAUCUCUC